UUGGUUACAACCCCUAUUAUUGAUUUAUUAAUCAACAAAUAUUCAUUUAUAGACGGCGUGUUCGGACAGUGCUACUCGCCAAGUAGCGGGGCGCCUAAGCCUACAGUAAUAGAUCAUCUAGAUGACACACAAUUGGAAUUACUACGUUUAGAACUUACCAGAUUAGCAAAACAAGGCCUUGAAUGGCCAGAUCAACGUGCACAAUGUGUGCUUUCAUACUUCAAACUUUCAAUGUACUAUGGUCUACAGUACGAUCCGGAUUUCUGCCAAUUGAUCGAAAUGGGUUUGAACGAAGAUCCCACGGCAUUGGAAUCCGAGGCAGAUGAAGUUCCUGUAAUCGCCGAAGACGUGGACGUAGCUGAUGAUAGCAAUAGGAUUGUAAGUGAUUUUUCGAAUAAUCUAUCGUUUUCUUUACUAACACGGCUACAUAAGGCAUUAUUUAUUUAUUCAUUUGUUUAUGGACGACGCUGUAGAAGGCAAACGUGGGAGUCAAUUAUUAUGGUCUUUGGAAGUCUGACCGAUCAGGGACCUUACAGUAUCAACUUAUUAUAA